CCAUAUCGAAGCGAAACCCUCUAACCCCCCUUUGAUAAAGUCUUCUCUCCUCAUCUAUAAUUGGUUUCACCACACCAAUCAAUCCACCUUCCAUGAAUCUGGAUUGUGGCUUAAGAACUAGAUCUUGCCGUGUCAUUCAAGACACUACCAUGGCUGUUGCUGCUUUGGACCUUCAAGAUGCAGAUGAAGAAAUUGUGGAUGAUGGUUUGAAACAGAGUUGUUGGGCUAAUAUGCCCCAAGAGCUCUUACGGGAGGUCUUGAUCAGGAUUGAAUCGUCCGAAGAUAAGUGGCCUUCCAGGAAGAAUGUUGUUGGUUGUGCUACUGUUUGUAGGAGUUGGAGAGAGAUCAUGAAGGAGAUCGUCAAAAGACCUGAGCUUUCUGGCUUGUUGACUUUCCCUAUUUCUGUCAAGCAGCCUGGUCCAAGAGAAUCUCUCCUCCAAUGCUUUAUAAAACGGAAGCGGUCUACUCAAACAUAUUUCCUCUACCUCAGUUUGACUCAAGCACUUGCUGAUGAUGGAAAAUUUCUUCUUGCUGCUCGCAAGUUUAGACACCCCACAUGUACCGACUACAUCAUCUCUUUACAUGCUGACGACAUGUCAAAGGGCAGCAGUAGAUAUAUUGGGAAAUUAAGAUCAAACUUUUUGGGAACAAAGUUCAUUGUAUAUGAUGGUUUGCCACCUCAUGAUGGAGCUAAAAUGACAAAGAGUCGCUCCACUAGGUUUAUGGGUUCCACUCAAGUCUCCCCUAGAGUUCCUGCUGGAAGCUAUCCAGUAGCUCAUAUUUCAUAUGAGUUGAACAUGUUGGGAUCCAGGGGUCCAAGAAGAAUGCAGUGCAUCAUGGAUCCCAUCCCAACUUCUGCAAUUGAACCUGGAGGUGUGGCUCCAACACAGACCGAGUUUCCCCUUAGCAGUGGUGAAUCUUUUUCUUCAAUUCCUUUCUUCCGAUCCAGAUCAAGCAGUGUGGAAAAAAGCAUGUCCGGGGUGUUGGGUAAUCAGAGAGAUGGGCCUCUAGUUUUGAAAAAUAAAUCUCCUAGAUGGCAUGAGCAGCUUCAGUGCUGGUGUUUAAAUUUUCAAGGACGUGUAACAGUUGCUUCAGUCAAGAAUUUUCAGUUGGUAGCCACACCACCUAGUGGACAGUCUGGACCACAAUAUGAGAAGGUUAUUCUCCAGUUCGGAAAAGUAGGGAAGGAUGUGUUUACCAUGGAUUAUCGCUACCCAAUAUCUGCUUUUCAAGCAUUUGCCAUCUGCCUGAGCAGUUUUGAUACCAAGAUUGCUUGUGAAUGAUGUGGACUGACAGGAGCAAGUUUGAUGCAUUAAAAUCAAUGGUGAGAUGGAAAUAAAGAUCUGAAAAAGGUAUGUUUUCAUGGCGUGAAUGCAGGCUUAACAGCUAAAUAUGUGUCCUAAUAUGCACGAAACAAGCAGAAGGAAAUUUCAAAAUAAGAAGCCAUUCAUUGAUGGCGCUGCUUUUGUGGGUUUUCAUCGUUUCUUUUGUACAUAGUAAUUAUUUUCUGUAAAAGUGUCUGCUUGUUUCACUGAGGGAUUUCAGUUGUAUGUUUGCUGUGGAACCAUACAGUUUACUGGGUUUUCUUUUCACCUCUUUUUGAGUGUUACAUAUGCAGAAAAAACACAUUUACAUUCAGUAAAAAAAAAAAGGGUUUUUUAACUGUAAAAGUGUGUUUUGUAAUUGGCCAGUUUCACUCUUCCUGUCUAGACCAUCAGACUCUUGUAAGUUUCUUUGUUCAAACUUGUGGCAUUAGAUGUGGUGUGGUGACCAUUUUAUCAUUAUGGUAGACUGUUUUAACCUUGCUUAGAAGUCAUUGGCUGGUGAAAUUGAGUGAA